AUGGCUAGCAACGAGUAUUACAACCAGGGCCAGCAAGGCUACGGCCAUCCCCAGGCUCCCCAGCCCAGCUAUGGUCCUCCUCAGGGCGGCUACCAACAACAGGGCUACCCCCAGCAGGGGGGCUACAACCAGGGCUACGCGCCCCAGGGCCAGCCGCCGAUGCAGUACCAGCAGGCCCCUCCCCCCGAAGAUUCGCGCGGCGGCAAGAAGGGCGGCAGCAACAACUGCCUCAUGGCCUGCAUCGCCGCGCUCUGCUGUUGCUGCGUCGCCGAGGAAGCUUGCGAGUGCUGCAUUGACUGCUGCGAGUGCCUGUUCUAA